UGGAACGGGUCCCUACAGCCUCCAGCCGAUGGCAGGGCGGUAGCCGCCUGUCAGGGGUCCUGAACGGCUGAGGAAGACGCGGCGGCUCCCGGGCCUCAUAGAGUGGGUGUCUCCGGAGGCCAUGGGCUACCCCGAGGUAGAGCGCAGGGAACCUCUGCCCAUGGCAGCGCCGCGGGAACGGGGAAGCCAGGGCUGCGGCUGUCGCGGGGCCCCUGCCCGGGCGGGCGAAGGGAACAGCUGCCGGCUCUUCCUGGGUUUCUUUGGCCUCUCGCUGGCCCUCCACCUGCUGACGUUGUGCUGCUACCUGGAGUUGCGCUCCGAGUUGCGGCGGGAACGGGGAGCCGAGUCCCGCCUUGGCUCCGGCACCCCUGGCACCUCUGGCACCCUGAGCAGCCCCAGUGGCCUCGACCCUGAUGGUCCCAUCACCCGCCACUUCGGGCAGCCACCACCGCAGCAGCAGCCUCUGGAACCGGGCGAAACCACACUCCCCCCACACUCCCAGGACGGGCACCAGGUGGCCCUUCUGAAUUUCUUCUUCCCUGAAGAAAAAUCAUACUCUGAAGAGGAAAGCAGGCGUGUUCGCCGUAAUAAAAGAAGCAAAAGCAGUGAAGGAGCAGAUGAUAUUUUCAGUCAUUUCACAGUAUAUGUGAGAGCCAUGGUAGCAUUUAUAUCUCUCAUGAUCACCCUCCAUAAGGACCUCAUCUCUCCUGGAGACACCCCAUAUCUACUAAGGCCACCAAGAGCAUUCAAUCCUAUUCUUCCAAUUGACAGAAUGUCACGGUGGCACUUACAUGAUGUGUUAAUUCCAAUGGUCAUUAUGUCAAUGUUGGUAUCAGCUACCAUGCUCAAACAUGAACUAGAACUUUUAGAACUCAUCUGUAAACUCCUUGAGGGCAGGGGUUCAUUUCUCUUUGUAUAA